AACAAGUCGUGCGUGUCGGUUGACAAACUAAACGAGUGUGUAAAAGCUAGCCUACAUAGUAAGCUGUUAGCUGAGAUGGUACCCACGCGCAGUAUAGAUAUAGCCUACUGAGGAUACGGCAAAUACAUAAUAUUUCGACAAUAUAAAAAGAGUUAGAGUAGGGCAAAGAGGGAGGUUAUAUACAUAUUCCGCACAUUAGCAUGUUUACUCGAGAAAUUCGUUUGCCGCAGCGAUUAUUAUGCAGAUUGAAAUCAUAAAAGGGGAACCCGCGCUACAUGCAGUUAGAAUGAAAUAGCCUACAUUUGCGAACUUCCAAGUACCAAAUGCAUGUAUAUCAAUAAUCUCAUUGCUCAAAAAGCUACUGUCUCGGUUUUCAUUUUACGUGGUGAGCUGUGAGUGUGAACCAGCGUAUAAUGCAUUACGACCGUCAGUGAGUAUUAUUACAAAAUAUCUCUUUUGUAAUGAUGUAGAAAAUGAAAUUUACGUGCGCAAAAAUUCGCGGGGUUAACAACUUUUUAAAUUACAGUAUUAGUGACCAAUAUGCCGUUAUUUUGUGUGCAGAAAAAGCUGGUCUAGUGAAUAGCAUAAAUAUUUUAGAGAGCUUAGCGUCUGGAUUUAUCGGGCGAAACUUUUUUAGACACUCGAAGCUAUCUGAAUUCAUAUGGUUGCAAAUGUCCGUCAUCAGCAAAAUUGGAAGUGAUAAAAUACUUGGACCACUGGACUCUGUUCACUAUACAUGUUACGAAGUGGGUCAUACAUGGAAUAGUUCUUGUCUGUUAACCUAUCUUGACACGUUUCAUAAAGCCUUCGCAUAUUCUCUAAAGCUCUAUGCACCAUUCUAUGCGCUUAGUGCUUUGUGGAAAUUUCGAAAAAAGACAACAGACAAAAGAAAAUUGAUGAAAAAUGCUCUUUUAUCAACUUUGAGAUCAAGUUUUUUUCUAGCAAUGAAUGGAACCUACUUCAUAAUUGUAUUCUGCUGUUAUGGUAAGAUCGUUGGAAAGUAUCACGGCAUUGCCGGUUUUAUCGUUGGAGCAGUGGCAUCAUUUUUAAGCAUAAUUUUAGAAAGAAGCUCGAGGAGAGGAAUGCUUUCAAUUUACUCGUUGAAUCUCGCCCUUGAAACUUUGUUCAAAAUGUCUGUAUCAAGAGGGUUUGUUUCUCGUAUUAAUGGGGGUGAAGUUUAUCUAUUCGCGUUCACAAAUCUUGUAUACAUGCGCCUAUUCAGAUCAUCGAAUUUACCACCUGUCAUUCAAUCUGUUGUUGAAAAGAUAAUGGGCAAGGAAGAAACCAUGACUAUUUUACCAGGAGAGAGGAGGUUGUCAUCUGAUACUUUAGUUGACAAUACCAAGCUUUCACAAUCUUUCCUUCGUGCCAAAAAGCUGCACGAUUUUGUCUUGAAGAACCUUAAUAGGCUUGGUCCUAAUACGCCCUGCUGUAAACACAACAGCAGUUGUUCCGUGUAUGUAAUUAAAGGGACAUUAAAGUAUUUUUCUCUUGGCUGUGCGUUUCAUGUACUUCUUAAGUACCGGACAAUACUACAAUCAAUACUUACCAGAAACACAUCACUAUUAAAAAAAGCAUUUUCUGAUCUUUCUUUAGCUAAAUUUUUUUGUGCGUAUGUGGCCCUUUUCAGAGUAGUUAAUUGUUCUCUUAGAUGGAUGACAUCCAGUGAUAAUCCUAAACUUUUCGGAAGUAUUGCAGGCCUUAUAUCCGGAUUCAGCUCUGUGUUUUAUCCCAGUACCGGCAUAGCAAUGUAUGUUUUUACCAAAUUACUUGAUAUAUUAUGUAUGAAAGCUGUCUCUGCAAACUGGUUCCCACGUAUCCCCCAUUUUGAUAUAGUGGUGUACAGCUUUAGCUUAGGAAUACUAUUCCAUGCUGCUGUAUUCGAGCCUCACAACAUUCGUCCUUCUUAUUGGAGUUUUUUAAAAGCGUUGAGCGGUUAUAAAUUUCCAUUAAUGUUCAGAAAAUUAUUAGAUAAAUUUGGUACUGAAGCUUCAAGAAUGUAUCCAGACUUUGUUCCGGAUUUAGACCCAAAAUAUGUGAAAACAGAAGAAGUCAAACGAGUUUUGGCGCAGUUUGGCAAAUGGCGAUGACAUUAUUCAGUUGUAUUUUGUGACUUAUAUUCUGAUUUAUGACGUUUGCUUUGUCCUGUUUUUUUCCCAAUCCGUAAUGGACACAAAAUUAUGAAUCCGAUAUUGUAAUCAAUUAAUUAUAUGAUAUUUUUGCAUUGUUAAUAUUUACGAAUUACAAAUACUAUGCAUUUGGGUUUAAUAAUUAUAAUAAAUCUCGUUUGUUUUUUGUAGUGAUUUAACUGAAUGUACUGAACUAUUACAAUAGAUGUUGAAAAUCAGCUUGUGGCAUUGCACCUAUUUCAUUGUAAUUACGAAUGAAAAUUCAAACCGUGUAUUCUGUUUGUGUUUCUGAUACCUCUCUAAACUAUGAAUUUCUAUUAACACUGGUUUGAAAAGUCAGUUGGGACUCUUGCCGCAUUUCGUCAUGAUCACAAAAAGAUACAAUAGGCUCAGCCCAGCGAUAUAUUUCCAAACUUACUAAAAUUUUACAUAAGUUAAUCUCUAAGCUCACUAAAAUAGUACAUUGGUUAGCACAAUUCUUCGCGUAUUGACAAUUAAUUUACCAAUGUUCUAGUAAAAGCGUACUGUUUAUUUACCAGUCCAGAAAGCAGUCAAUUCCUACGGAAUUUGGCCUGUUUGUGUUUGUCAUCUGACUGUGUAUUUUAACCUUUUUGACAUCACAGCCUCACACAAACAUGUAAAAACCGGAGCAUCACAAUCGUAAACCAACCGAAAUCUUUGGCCCAUAUAUAUAAUAAACUCCUAUUGGACACGAAAUGUACAUAUGGAUCGUUUUGGUAUCAUCAUUUUUCGUUCUCGCAUUUUUACUUCCCCAUUUUUGAUAAUGUCGAAAUAUUCAAUUUGAAAAUGAGAUUUCUAUAUGUACAACUUCGUACUAUUUGCUGUUAAUUAGAUGUUCAUGCAUGGCCACAUCUUUGUGCAAUUACUAAGUUGUAGACGGCACUGGGUGCUGAGUCUGCGCUGUACAAACAACCACAUUCUAGUGCUGAUAUGUUUCUUAACAUGGCAGACUUACCCAAAGUAAAUGAAUUCACCUUUGAGCAAGAAAC